GCGAAACCACCACCACCACCACCGCAUCGAUCGCACUCUCAACAGUCAACACCAUGGCGUCGUCGUCGUCGUCGUCGUCUCUCGCAGACACCCUCCUCGAGGCGCUCCUCUUCCUCGUCCCCCUCGCGCACCUCGCCGCCGCCCCCCACACAAAGGUCGAGGAGUCGUUCAACAUGCAGGCCGCCCACGACAUUCUCGUCUACGGCAUCCCCUGGACCGGCCCCGCGCCGCGCGCCCGCCUCGCCGCCGUCUACGACCACGCCUCCUUCCCCGGCGCCGUCCCGCGCACCUUUGUCGGCGCCGUCGUCCUCGCCGGCCUCGCCCAGCCCCUCGUCGCCCUCGCCGGCUUCGCCCGCGCCCAGCUGCUCGUCCGCGCCCUCCUCGCCGCCUUCAACGCCGCCGCCCUCGUCGCCUUCGCCCGCGCCCUGCGCCGCGCCCACGGCGUCCGCGUCGCCCGCUGGUGGUCAGCCCUGCUGCUCGCCCAGUUCCACCUGCCCUUUUACGCCUCCCGCGCCCUGCCCAACAUGUUCGCCUUUGGCCUCGUCACCCUCGCCAUGGCCUUCCUCCUGCCCGGCAGGGCCCCGCGCGCCGCCCUCGUCCGCCGCCGCCAGGCCGUCGCCCUGCUCGUCGUUGCUGCUGCCGUCUUCCGCGCCGAGCUCGCCAUCCUGCUCGCUGCUGUCCUCGCCCAGCUCCUCUACUCGGGCCAGAUGACGCCCCGCCGCCUCGUACCCGUCUUCGCCGUCGCCUUCGUCGCCGCCCUCGCCGUCUCCAUCCCCAUCGACUCCUUCUUUUGGCAGCGCCCGCUCUGGCCCGAGCUCUGGGGCUUCUACUACAACGCCGUCCUCGGCAGCUCGUCCAACUGGGGCACCUCCCCCUGGCACUACUACUUCACCUCGGCCCUGCCGCGCCUGCUCCUCAACCCGCUCGCCCUGCCCCUCAUCGCCCUCGCCCUCUUCCUCCCCGCUACGGCUCCUUCCACCCGCCGCCUCGUCCUGCCGAGCCUCGCCUUCGUCGCCGUCUACUCCCUCCAGCCGCACAAGGAGGCCCGCUUCAUCUUCUAUGUCGUGCCCCCGCUCACCGCGGCCGCCGCCCUCGCCGCCGACUACAUCGCCAUCCGCCGCCGCAAGUCGCCCCUCUACGCCGUCGCCACCGCCGCUCUCGUCCUCUCCGUCCUCGCCUCCCUCGCCGCCACCGCCGGCAUGUUACUCCUCUCCUCCCUCAACUACCCCGGCGGCGACGCCCUCGCCCAGCUCUAUGCCCUCACCGCCGACGCCGCCGCGACCAUGCUGUCGUCGCCCUCCACCUCAAUCACCUCGCCCCCCGCCAUCACCGUCCACGCCGAUGUCCUCACCUGCAUGACCGGCCUCACCCUCUUCGGCCAGAACCGCGCCGGCCUGCCCCUCGCCCUCACCGGCCCUCACGCCCCCGACGACCACGACCACCAACGCGACCCCAUCUACCUCUUCGACAAGACCGAGGACAAGCCCGACCUCAAGUGGCCCAGCUUCUGGAAGAGGAUGGACUACGCCCUCAUGGAGGACCCCAUGCUCCCCCUCGGCAACUGGAAGGUCCUCGGCGUCGUCCAGGGCUACGACGGCAUCGAGCUCCUCAAGCCCGGCGCCAAGGACCCAUCGGACGUCGAGGCCGCCGCGCCGACACCCGGCCCCCGCCAGUCGCACAGGGUGCUCGGGCUCGGCGCCAGGGUGGCAGACGUGCGCCGCGCCGUGAGGAAGUACACGGGCGGGUGGUGGAUCGGCCCGCGCAUGUCGCCGCGCAUCCACAUCAUGAAGCGCGUCAAGGACGGGCAGUACGCGACGUCAUAGAGGGAGGCCGAUGUGUCCCUUUUUUGGCUUUCAUGUCCGUUUGCAGAUGAUGAUAAUAUGUAACAUUUGGCCCGCGGGCCGACUCUUCCCGCGCUAAAAAGAGCUGCCUGCCAUCCAACCGUGGGUACCCAAACAUAAAGUAACGUAGAUAAUGGCAAAGACAUGACAUAAGGCUCUCUCCCGGCUGUCCUCAACCCGCAACCUAACAUACAUGGUCGGACAAAAGCAUCGGGCUCUCUCGUGCGCCACAGACACCUCUACCACAUACCCACCCCCACCCCCCUGACCAGAGCUACAAAUCGUCCC